GGAAGCUGAGCCAGGUGCUGGGGGCCAGCAGCAGCCUGAGGAGUGAGUCUAAGGGCAGUUUGCAGUGAGCUUUUGUAGGUAAGGCUCGAUGACGGACGGUUCUCAGAAAAAUGGCCUCGAGGAACAGAGGCAUCUCCACAUUGUCACCCCUCUCCUUGAAAGCUGUGCGCUCUCUGUGGUUGCGGGCACCACUGUCUUCCUAAAGCUCGAGAAUGUCCAGCCUGCUGGCUCCUUCAAGAUCAGGGGCAUAGGACGCUUCUGCCAGGAGAUGGCCAAGAAGGGUUGCAAACACCUGGUGUGCUCCUCAGGGGGAAAUGCAGGUGUGGCUGCUGCUUAUGCUGCCAGAAAGCUGGGCAUCCCAGUCACCAUUGUGUUGCCCACGAAUGCCAGCCCAACUGUGCUUCAGAGGCUGGAGAGGGAGGGGGCUGAGGUGCAGAUGGUGGGGAAGGUAUGGGAUGAAGCUGAUUUGAAGGCCCAGGAGUUGGUCAAAAGGGAUGGUUGGGUCAGCGUUCACCCCUUUGACCACCCACUGAUCUGGGAAGGCCAUGGCAGCAUGAUUCAUGAACUGAAGGAUACUCUGGGUACCCGGCCUGGUGCCAUCAUCCUCUCUGUAGGGGGUGGGGGCCUCCUGGCUGGUGUCGUGGCAGGAAUGAAGGAGGUGGGCUGGCAGGAUGUGCCCAUCAUCGCCAUGGAGACCCGAGGGGCUGACAGCUUUAACCAAACCAUUCAGGCUGGGAGAGUUGUCACCUUACCUGACAUUACCAGUCUGGCAAAAUGUCUAGGUGCUAAGACCGUGUGUGCCCGGGCGCUGGAGUGCGCCCGUGAGUGCCAGAUCAUCUCGGAGCUGGUGGACGAUGAGGAAGCCGUAGAGGCUGUUGAGCGCUUCCUUGAUGAUGAAAGGCUGCUAGUGGAACCAGCCUGCGGGGCUUCACUAGCUGCCAUCUAUUCGGGCUGCCUGGGCCGGCUCCAGGCUGAGGGCCGCCUCAGCUCCUCACUGGGCUCGGUUGUGGUCAUCGUGUGUGGUGGGAACGGCAUUCAUCGGGCUGAGCUGAAGGACCUCCAGACCCAGCUGGGGAGGCGCUGAGUGGCCCUGCCCUGCGGGGCUCUAGGUGGGAUCAAACUCUCCAUCGGACUCCUUGGCACUGAAAUGAUGCUCUCAGCAAGAACCCCUGGAGAAAGUGACAUUUGUAGCCCCACCCUCCUCCUGGAAGCCUUCCCUGAUUGCUCUAAAAUCCCCGAUAUUUCUCUCUUGUCUAAAUGUUUUCUUCUUCGCUUCCCCGGCUAGACUGCAAGUAGGCAUGUGCUUUGCAUUUUAGUGUCAACCUAGUUAUAGCACAUAUUCAAUAAAAAUUUCAUUGUUUGAA